AUGAAUGGGAGCAUGAGAGCAGGUAUAGUCUUUUUUUAAAAUUCAUAUUAAAAAGGAUUCUAUUUAUUUUUGUAAAAUUUAGGAACCUUGAAACCUUUUUUUCACAGAAAGAAAAAAAUUUUGAGACUGAAAAUUUGAAUGAUUCUAAACUCUACACAAGUUCAUCCAAUAACUUUCAAAAAUACGUUUCAUAUUGCUUGACUUUAAUUUUUCGUUUUCAGUUCUCAGAAGGCAUCCGGAAACGGUCGAGGCUCGUCUUCUGGACGUCAUCCUGUGGUCUUGUGGCAACGACCCGAUGGCUCUGCACGUCUCCAACGUUCAUCGCAUCCAGAACAUCAUUGACAACCUGCCGAUCGUUGCCUACCACAACGACUUCACUGACACCGAGCUUCCCGAGUACGAGCUCCCUCUCAGAGUCGACCUUCGUGGCUCCACUCCUCGCAGGCACUACGUCGAGAGCCGUAACAAUCCUUAUGACACCAUCACUUUCGAGGUCGCCACUCAGAUCUACAACGGUGUCGAGCUCAGAUACCCCAACAGUCCUUUGCUGUUCACCUCGAAGGUCCAGCCGAUGUCCAUCGAGUCUCUCACCGUGCGUCUGAAGACCACUCCCAUCUAA